AUGGGCCGAGAAGGCGCCCCCCCCGAAAACGUCAUCAGAGGCUACAAAGCCACUGACCAGAUGCUCAAAACCGACCAAACGACCAACAGCACACUCAAGAACCAGCGCGUCUCAAAACAAGCCAAGCAGCAUGCGCAGCAGGAGCUCGACAAGUAUGAAUCCGACCAGGGCCCGAGCGGGGAUGAGCGCCACGCGUCGAAUGUAAAGAGGGGGUUGAAGGCGGCAACGCAUAACCCCAACGUCACGGAUAUGGGCAAGAAGCAGGCGCGCGAGAAGUUGCAGGCGAUGGGUCAGGAGCCCGAUCAGCCGAGUGAUUAG